CGGCCGAGCCUCUGCGGGAGUGGGCCCCGCCCCCAUGUGACGCCCGGGAAUUGGCGACACCGUGCAGCCAUUUCCGGUUUCGGGGAGGUGGGUGGGGUGCGGAGCGGGACUUGGAGCCGCCGCUGCUGCCUGAGCCGCCGCCUACAGAGUGUCUUGCGCCUGGUGCUGCCUGGACCAUGCGGCCGGAGCCCGGAGGCUGCUGCUGCCGUCGCCCGGUGCGGGCAAACGGCUGCGUGGCGAACGGGGAAGUGCGGAAUGGGUACGUGAGGAGCAGCGCUGCCGUCUCUGCCGCCGCAGCCGGUCAGACCCAACACAUGACACAGAAUGGAGGACUGUAUAAGAGACCGUUCAACGAAGCUUUCGAAGAAACGCCCAUGCUGGUUGCUGUGCUUACUUAUGUGGGGUACGGGGUGCUCACCCUCUUCGGGUAUCUUCGAGACUUCCUGAGGCACUGGAGAAUUGAAAAGUGUCACCAUGCAACGGAAAGAGAAGAACAAAAGGACUUUGUGUCAUUGUAUCAGGAUUUCGAAAACUUCUACACGAGGAACCUGUACAUGAGGAUCAGAGACAACUGGAACCGGCCCAUCUGCAGCGUGCCUGGGGCCCGCGUGGACAUCAUGGAGAGAGAGUCCCGUGAUUACAACUGGUCGUUCAGGUACACAGGGAAUACAAUUAAAGGUGUUAUAAACAUGGGUUCCUACAACUAUCUUGGAUUUGCACGGAAUACUGGAUCGUGUCAAGAGGCAGCUGCCAAAGUCCUAGAGGAGUAUGGAGUUGGUGUGUGCAGCACUCGGCAGGAAAUUGGAAACCUGGACAAGCAUGAAGAACUAGAAAAGCUUGUGGCGAGUUUCUUGGGAGUAGAAGCUGCUAUGGCAUAUGGCAUGGGAUUUGCUACAAAUUCAAUGAACAUCCCUGCUCUUGUUAGCAAAGGUUGCUUGAUUCUGAGUGAUGAACUGAACCACGCGUCGCUGGUGCUAGGCGCCAGGCUCUCAGGAGCAACCAUUCGGGUCUUCAAACACAACAAUAUGCAGAGCCUAGAGAAGCUGUUGAAAGAUGCCAUUGUGUACGGUCAGCCUCGGACCCGAAGGCCCUGGAAGAAGAUUCUGAUCCUUGUGGAGGGAAUAUAUAGCAUGGAGGGAUCUAUUGUCCGCCUUCCUGAAGUGAUUGCCCUGAAGAAGAAAUACAAGGCGUACUUGUACCUAGAUGAAGCUCACAGCAUCGGGGCCCUGGGCCCCACAGGUCGAGGUGUGGUAGAUUACUUUGGCCUGGAUCCUGAGGAUGUGGACGUUAUGAUGGGAACAUUCACCAAGAGCUUUGGUGCUUCUGGAGGAUACAUUGGAGGCAAGAAGGAGCUGAUAGACUACCUGCGAACACAUUCUCACAGCGCAGUGUACGCCACGUCGCUGUCGCCUCCCGUGGUGGAGCAGAUCAUCACCUCAAUGGAGUGCAUCAUGGGGAAGGACGGCACCACCCUCGGCAAAGAGUGUAUACAGCAGCUAGCUGAAAAUACCAGGUAUUUCAGGAGGCGCCUGAAAGAGAUGGGCUUCAUCAUCUAUGGGAAUGAAGAUUCUCCGGUGGUGCCUUUGAUGCUCUACAUGCCAGCCAAAAUCGGUGCCUUUGGACGGGAGAUGCUGAAGCGGAACGUUGGAGUAGUUGUGGUGGGGUUUCCCGCUACCCCGAUCAUCGAGUCCAGAGCCAGGUUCUGCCUGUCAGCAGCUCAUACCAAAGAAAUUCUCGAUACUGCUUUAAAGGAGAUAGAUGAAGUUGGGGACCUGUUACAGCUGAAGUAUUCCCGUCAUCGGCUGGUACCUCUGCUGGACAGGCCCUUUGAUGAGACUACAUACGAAGAAACAGAAGACUGAGCCUUUUUGGUGCUCCCUUAAAGAAACUCUGCUCACCCAGGACAGUGUGUGGCCUUUCUGAGCCAGUUCCAGGAACCACACCUCUGUGGCCAUCUCAUGUGAAAGACAUUUCCUCAACUACUGACGGUGGCCACCUCCACUCUACAUGGCAUUUUGUAAAUAGUGGGAAAAAACUGCUUCACAUCUUCCUUUGCUACAUUUCACCUUUUAAAAGAGGUGACUCACUUUGCUUUUUUGUUCAUUAAAAAAUGUUUUAUUUUAUAACUAUUCUACUUGUGAAGUCACGCUGACCCCAGCCUGUCUCUGCUAACCACACAGGCUGUCAUUCUCCCGCAGCCACCUUGCAGGCCUGGGCCCACCCGAAGCCCCUGCUGGCCCCGGCCCACGGCCUCGACACUCACCUGGCCCACCUCCCCGGGGAGCAAGUGCCUUCCACUUACUUCCGCUCCGGAUCUCGGAGGUUGCCAACCUUGGGACCCUUAUUUAACCAGUCAAGUAAUCAUCCAAAGUGUUCUCCUUCUUGUUUUAAGCUCAGCCUUUUAAGAAAAACAGUAAAUGCUAACCGUGCUGAAAUUCCCCCUCACUGUGUCACUCCCCGAGUCUAGAGCCUCCCAAGGCUUGGUCUUGUUCCAGUUUCUGGAAUGGAACAGGGACUCCUUCCUUCACCAUCACAUAUUUCUCCAUGGCGGUCACUGUCUGAGGGUAUGUGCAAUUUCUGGGUUCUUCCCAAGCUCUGACCUAAUACCCCAGCCCCCUAUUUAGAAUAGUUAAAUUGUUUUGAAAGCACCCACAUCCAACCCCCAUCAGACCUCUUUGGUGAAGCUGACUUGCCCUUCACCGCCCCGUGUACGCAGCUGCUCGGAGAAGUGGCGUGCCGUGUACUCCGGCUGGGUGACGGGUGGAGCAGCGUGGAAGAGCUGGUUACUACACGGGGAUCGGCUGUGGUUUGCCCCUUACUGCUUUCUGCUGUCGGCUUCUGCCUGGGUCUGGGCCCAGAUGGGGAUUUAAACUGAUAGAGGCAAAUACUACUGGUAAAUCCUCUGCUCAGAAAUCACUUGUCCUGUUGCUAUUUAAGGAUUAAAGCUAUUAAUUUAGCCUUCUUAGAAGUUGACCCACUUAAAUAUUACUCUUCGGAGUGUUCUUUUUCUAAUUUUUUUUUACAUUGAUUUUAUAGAGGAAAGGAGAGAGAGAAACAUCAAUUUGUUGUUCCACUAAUUUAUGCAUUCAUUGGUUGAUUCUUGUGUGUGCCCUGACUAGGGAUUGAAUUCACAACCCUGGAGUAUUGGGAUGACCCUCUAACCAGCUGAGCUACCCGGCCUAGACCGAGGGCUAAUUCUCUUUACUCUUGAUGUCCUGAGACCAUUGUAACCUGACGUUGGGGGUGUAGGGUUUCCUUUGCCUUCUAUUACCUUUUUUUGUUUGCUCGUUUUAACACUUCUCUCUUUGCCAAAUGGGGGUUCCCUCUCCUUUGACUCUUUUUUCGUACCAGGUGGGGGGCUUCCUUCUGAGAGCUUUCACUGCUUGACCAAAGAACAAAUCUGAAGCUCACCAUGUUGAAGUUCCUUCUUUUUUUCUGUUAACCAAAGCUCAAGUGGAAAGAGCUUUUGACUUUGUUGUACCCAGGAUCAGCUGGUCUUUCGGUCACCAUUGGGUACUAUAGGGGAGGACUGGAACAGAAAGGACAAGAAUUCUGUGGAAGUACCUUUGCACGUUUCUGUUUUUGAAACCACUCCCUUUACUGGUAAGAAUUCGCAGGCCAGAUUCUCUUGGAUGGCUCAUCGUGAGCUGUGGUAUGUCUGCCUGCACUGCUUCGUGUAGGGGAGGCCGUAAGCAGUAUUAUUGUGGGUGGAGUUGUGUUUUCACGUCUUAAGUUAGUGAUCUUGGGUCACUCUCAGCAUCUGAGAGCCUUAAGUCCUUGCAAUAGUCCAAGGUUUCAUUUUAGUUUUUCUAAAGAAUAGUGAAGGGUGAGUACAAGAACCAAGUAGAUAUGCAGGGACCAUACGUAGCAUGUAGAAGUUGCAGUAAGAGAAGUUGUGGUGACCAAGUAACGAGUCCUGUAAAAUAAAGUACAUCGCUGACCUUGGCUGCGCAUCUAGUUUCUCACCGUAGAACCCACUAGAGUGCCAGGUGGCUUUCGCACUGCAGUUGCUGUGUAAUGUUGUAGGGUUUGCAAAAGUCACAAACUUGAAGCAACAACUCACCUGCUAGUGUUUUUAUUUUGGCUUGCGUGAUGUCACUGCGAUAUAAAAUAUCAGUUAAAAUGGGCAUUUAAAAAAUUACAUAUCACUUUGCUGGCACAGUUAUUUCAGGAUGAAUGUAGUUAAAUUAUAGGCUUAUUUCAAAGAGACGUAAGUCCUGUGAUCUAUCCAGGGCCUCUGUUUUCUAGAGGACAAGACAUUAUUCACACUGGUUGUCUCUUCUUGAAACUGAAAUAUAAAUCUAGGGUCCAGUCGUAUAACAAGUAUCAGUUAACCAAGAACUUGGGGAAAUGCAAGCGCAUAUAAUUACAGUCCCCGGGGAUGAAUAGAAAUCCGGGACAUGUAAGUGUUGUGUAGUACGUGGUUUCACGCAGCCUGACUUGAGAAUCUGAUGGGAUUCAAACGCGCAUCGGCUAACCAGGACUCCCAAAGCCGAUAACCAGAAUCAGUCAGUACAGGCGUGGCUAAUGCUUAUCACGUUUUCACACCCUUCUUUAUUUAGCAUUGCCUCGAUCCAUUUCAGGUUUAUAAGACCUUUGUCUGCAGAUCACAUCGAAACCAGAAAAUCUAUAAUGAGGGCUCAUCGAAAUCACACAUGCAGAAUGGAGCAAGUGGCAGAGCGUCCUCCCACCUUUACCCUAGAAUAUAAUGUACAUUCUAAAGCAAGUAAAUGUCGAAAACGUUCAGGGGCUUGGGAACACUUUUUUAACUUACUGCUUUGCUUUGGAAAAUUUCUUCUCUCUAUAAAACGUUCUAGCCUCCAGCACCCCAAAGUGCUGCUGGCUUGUUUGAAGAACUCAGCAUCUCAGUCUUUUAGUCACUCUUCAACUGUGACGAAGGGUGGGGAUUUCAGGUGGGUGGAACACGCUGCUUCCUCGUGCAGCAGUCACACAGGGGGACGGGCAUCCUACGCCGCUGCUGGGGGCUGUGCGUUUGCCUCAUGCCCUGUCAGAAGCCAAGGAAUAGGAGGGUCACCCUAUGACUUGUCUCCACAGUCCCUCCCUCCUGUAGUCGGCCUUUCUUUCUCUCUCUCCCUCCCAGUUCUUGAUUGCAGAGUUCCAACUCCAGAGACAGCUGGUCUGCGGUAGUGCUGUGUUGGAACGAUCGCUAAGUCAGAUUCUUUGUUCUCCUUGUACACGCAGCCUUAUGUUUCAGGAGAUGAGGACCUCCUCCUUUCUCCCCUACUCGAGGGAGCCUGCAUCUAAGCUUAAGAUGGGUCCAGUCCACUUGAGUGUUGCAGUGUGUAAUGCAUUGCACUUCCUUCCUGUGAAAACUAGGAGGAAGAAUGGCUUACGUGCAUGGAGAGGUUUCCUGGUUUCUCAGAGAAGGGGACAUCAAGUGACAUUUACUACCACUGCCUCCCUGUUUCUCCUCCCACCCCUGAGCCUCCCUUUCCAAAUUAAUGAGGCCCUCUGGUCCCUGGACUGAGCAACAGCACAAAACUUCUGGCAAUGCCACAGGCAGAGGAGAAAGGGAAUUGGAGUGAUUCUUGUUUUGUAAGAAUGUGUGGGGAUGUGGCAGAACCACCUGCAGGAAGUUCAAUACAAUGGACUGUCACCUGGUUCUCUACGAAUUGCUGUGUCCUCAUUCCCAGGGUGUGUUUCCUAGUGUCCUAGGUAAGCCGAAAUGUGGUCAGUAUAACUCAUGUGGUUAGGGAGGGGGGGAGUGGUGGUUUUCCGUGUCUACCUUCACGAAGAUCAAGGAGAAUUGUUGAGCAUUUCACAUGGGUAAAAUCAGCGCAGUGAAAAGGGGUUGUGAAGGAGUAGUUAGGAAAAUCAAAGGGUUCGUGGCACUUGAGCAGCUGUUUGCUUAAAUGGGAAAUGGGAAAAGUCGGUGUUCGUGCCGCCUGUCACCACCGGAGCCAAAAAGUAAAGACAGGGAUUGAAUCUUUAUGGGCACUUUAUUCAGACAGUCGGGGACCUGAUAACACAGCAGGUUAUGUACCCUAAAAGACUGUCCUACAUUUCAUUUUAAAUCGGCAUUUUUAUAAGGAGGAAAAAGUGUAGGUGAGGGAUUUGGAAUUCAGAAAAAGGUUAAUCAGUAAAAGCUGCAGCCCAGCAAUUUCCCUAGCAUCCUCUCAUCUGUUGCCUGGUGAUUCUUUAUCUGUGCCCUGGGCUGGUUCUUUAUCUGUGUCCUGGGUGACUCUGUAUCUGUGUCCUAUGUCCUGAGUGGAGGAAUGUCUCCCCCCAGAACCCAGUGGCUCAAACACCAUCUUGAUUGCUUGCAGUUCCUCCCCUCCACCCCCUUGGGGCACAGAGGUCCAAUUGCCUGUGGAGUCCUGGAGUCAGGGUGGGUCGUGUCCUCACUUCCCAAAUAAUAGUGUUUUACAUGCAUUCAUUAGUAGGCUUAUUAUUACCUAAAACUAAAAUUUUCCAACUCUUGAGCUUCCCCAUCAAGUACAACCCCAGGACAUACAGUUUUUUUGGACACGCUACUACCAGUUUAUCAUAGAAGCUCUUAAUCCAUUAAGCCAGUUAAUCAAAAUAACUUUCAUGUGGAGAAAAGCAUGUCUGUUCUCUCCUCAGCGUUGUCCCCUUGAACUGUAGUGUCCAGGCUCCUAGCCAGCUGCCAUGUGCCCGGAUAGCCGACACAGAGGGCUGGUUUCCUGUCUUCUCAUGCCGAAGAAGUGCUAGGACCAGCCAAUGAUCCAUUUGCUUUUAAUCGUACAGAAAAUGCUGUCGCCUCUUUUGUUGUUUCCAGUGACCUGUAUUCCAAGCAUCUUCUGCCAUGGAAUCUUUUCUAGGGAGGAAACCAAGGGGAGUAUCUGCAGCCCUUAUUGAAAAUGUUUAUUCAAGUUUUCUGUGGCGAGUCUGCAAGCAUCACAUUCCCAGUCCGCCCUUGUGGGUGGCUUGGUUGGGGAGCUGUGGGCGAGGUCUUGCUUCCUGCAUAGUAGACAUGAAAAAUGGCCUUAAACUGUGAUUCUUUGUGGUAUGAUGAGAGAUAAUAAACUGACCCUAAAGAAUG